UGGAAUUGGAAUUUGGCAAAAUGCUGAAUGAAAGCAAUCUGAGGCGGUCCUCGAUUCACCUUGCUAGAAAAUUCACCUCCAGAGAGUGGAGAGUAUGACAAGAGGAAUACUACCCUAGACACCACUCUGCCCACAGAGGAAGUGAAGUCAAGAUGGCCAAAGUCCCUGACCUCUUUGAAGACCUGAAGCACUGCUACAGUGAAAAUGAAGACUACAGUUCCGAAAUUGACCAUCUCUCUCUAAAUCAGAAAUCCUUCUAUGAUGCAAACUAUGACCCACUUCAUGAGGACUGCAGGGAUAAAUUUAAGUCUCUGAGUACCUCUGAAACCUCUGCCUCAUCCGAGAUUACCUUCAGUGAGAGUAUGGUGGUGGUGACAGCCAGUGGGAAGGUUCUGAAGAAGAGACGGUUGAGUUUAAAUCAGUUCAUCACCAACGAUGACCUGGAAGCCAUUGCCAGUGACACAGAAGAAGAAAUCAUCAAGCCAAGAUCGGCACCUUACACCUUCCAGAACAACGUGAAAUACAACUUUAUGAGGGUCAUCAAGUCCCAAUUCAUCCUGAAUGAUGUCCUCAAUCAAAGCAUUGUUCGAGUCACAUGGGGUCCAUACCUCUCAGCGACUGCAUUACAAAAUAUGGAAAAUGCAGUGAGAUUUGACAUGGGUGCUUAUACUUCAGAAGAUGAUUCUAAACUUCCUGUGACUCUAAGAAUCUCAGAAACCUGGCUAUUUUUGAGUGCUCAAAAUAAAUAUGAGUCUGUACUGCUAAAGGAGAUGCCUGAGACACCCAAAACCAUCAAAGAGGAGAGCAACCUCCUCUUCUUCUGGGAGAGGUAUGGCAAGAAAGACUACUUCACAUCAGCGGCACAUUCAAAGCUACUUCUUACCCCAAUCGAAGGAAAACUGGUGCACUUCUGAGUAGUUCAUGAAUUCUAUUCUCUCUGCUUGUAUUUCUCUUUUUAUUUGUCUUUUCUUUUUUGGUCUGUUCUCUGUUUAUCAUGUCUCCUAAGCAUGAAGUACUUUCUGGUUCUUAAUUCCUUUGCUUACCAAGGGUCAUUAAAAUAGAGUUGUGGUCAAAAAUCAAAAGAAAAGCUAGAAAAUACAGUUGGGAUUAUGCAUGCAUCAACACCCAUAUGUGUUCGCAGGUUCCCUCUUCUCACUUGUAUGGGAAGGGCAGCUGCUGACUCGGCCAGCCAGUCACCCAGCAGAGGGAGCAUCCUGAGGAUUGUCUAAGAGAAGCCCCCAGGCCGGCAGUGUAGGAUUCCUGGGACCGGAAGCAGGGUGGUGGUUCUGGAUUCGCAGCACAGAGUGGCCAGAGUAAGUGCUGGGAGGCUGUGCUCGUGAGAGUAAGAACUCAGACCUCAGAGUGUGGCCAUGACCUGCAGAGCCUGGGGUCAGGACCUGUGAUCAAAGAGCCAUGAGGUCCUGAGUUGGCUUUCAGUCAGGAAGCUUCACUUCAUCCAUGGGUACCCUGCUUUCCUGUAGAUUGGGACCCAUCUCCUGCCUUCAAACUUCGCAAAUAUUAUUAUCCUAACCUUGACAAAAGAAUAUCUGACAAAGAUAGCUUGUAAACACUGAACUAGAGAUCACAUACAUAAUAGUAAUGAAAAUGCUAUUUCAUACUGAUUAUCUAGAAAUGUCACAUGAUGCUACCUGCCUUCCUAGGCCCUUCAGUUCACGUACUCAAGACCAGUGACCACACUUGGCCCCAUAAGAUAAUGUGACCAAUAACCUCAGUCAGGGUAUGUGAGAGACAGCCAAACAGGCAGGGUGACAGACUAGCAAUUCCUGGGGCAAACACACAAUCAGCUGUAACCCAGGGGCAUGAACAUAUGAGUGUCCCUCUAAAACAUCGCAGCAGCCCAGGUCCCCUGUCACAAAUACCCAGCCCUGAUGGAGUUUCCACCACUAGUACAUACUCAAGUCAUGGGUCAGGAUUUAGGACCCUCAGAGGGACAGGUACCUGAAGAAAAUGUAGCAGAGGAUUUCAGUGCUUACCCAUGUUUUAUAAGCUUGUCAUGUUUCUGGAAAUGCUGAAUACUCAAGGUAUCAAUAGAUAUCAGGGUCCAUCAUCAUAUCUUAAAAACCAGGUAGAUUUUUUUCUAAUUCAUGUCUGAGACAAAGGGAUGUGAUGAUCUCCAGUGCAACAUUGCGAUAUUCAUUUUAAAAUGUCAACAUGGUCUUAGAACAAACUGCAAUACAUAUUUUGCUGAAAUACUUAUCUUCAUGAAUUUCAGAAUUAACUAGAAUCAAACCCAGAAUUCUUUAAGAAUGAGUAUAUAUAAUAUAUAUAAGCUUCCUACCUAUAUCUUAGUAUGUUCUGUACAGUUAAUCCUGAAAGGAAAAGACAAUGUGAGCCCAGGGAACAAACGCCAUCUAUUUUUUAAUGUCCUCUUGGGCAAUGGAAGAAGCAAUUAUGCAUAUAAUUAUACAUAGACUAAUCACUGAGGAAAACCCAGCUUUCAGAUGGGAGCUCAGAAUGACAUCAAUUAGCUGAAACUGCAUAACUUAGUCCUUUGGAGCCAACCCCAGCCAGUUGGGAUCUUUUAUUAUUAUUGUUGUUGUUAAGGUAUCAUUGAUAAAGACUCUUACGAAC